CUACAUUUUUCUUAGCAUUUUGUUCCACAUUAUCAAAAUCAUAGCCUUUUCUCGGUACCAGCCACAACUACUCCAAGCCGUGUAUUCGGAUUUGCAAACGCUUUACGACUCUCAUUUGCGAGUCUCUUGUUCACAUCGAAAGCCUGUCUUUCUCUCACUUCAUGCUUAUAACCUUCACUGUAGCUUUUGUAAGUUCGGCUCUUCUCAGUUCAACUUCUUACAUCAAUUUUCUGCACCAUACGCAGAAGUGCUGCAACGCUCUUAUCUUCACGUGAACUGUUCCCCAUAUCACGUGGUAUGGUGAACCACACAAAUUUUUCAACCAUAUAGAGCUUGACAAUUGCAAAUUACCAUCAAUUUUGACUAUGAGUCAGGUCUUCUUUCUACUCGUUUUAUUGACUCAAAAUCCCAAAAAUGGCCUCCAACAUCACAUGGCAUCCAAACUUGACCCACGCUGAGCGUGCCAGCUUGAGAAAGCAAAAGGGAGUCACUGUUUGGUUAACUGGCUUAUCAGCUAGUGGAAAAUCCACUAUUGCCUGCGCCUUGGAACAGUCCAUUCUUGCCAGAGGCUUGAAUGCCUACAGAUUAGACGGUGACAACGUGAGGUUCGGCUUGAACAAGGACUUGGGCUUCAGCGAAGCUGACAGAAACGAAAACAUCAGAAGAAUCUCAGAAGUAGCUAAAUUGUUCACAGACUCUUGUUGUGUUACUUUGACCAGUUUCAUCUCUCCUUACAAACAAGAUAGAGACUUGGCAAGGCAAUUGCACGAAAAGGACAACUUGCCAUUUGUCGAAGUCUAUGUUGAUGUUCCAGUUGAAGUUGCUGAGCAAAGAGACCCAAAGGGGUUGUACAAGAAAGCUAGAGAAGGUAUUAUCAAGGAAUUCACCGGUAUUUCUGCUCCAUACGAAGCACCAGAAAAGCCUGAAAUCCACUUGAAGAACUAUGAAGGUGUUUCGAUCGAAGAAUCGGCGGAAAAGAUCAUCGAUUAUUUGAUCGAAAACAAGUAUAUUUAAGAUAGAACCAUACAUAGACGUAUAUAGCGAGAAGUACAUGGACUUCGUUAAAGUGGU